GUUUUUUUCUGCAAGUGCCACAGGGGUUCCGCCCACGUUGCUCAUUCUUUAUUUGCUUAAUGUCACAUUUGAAAUCAGCAGGAAUGCACCGUGACAAAAGAAUGGAGGGUGUGAGUGACAGCUGCCAGCCCUGAUCCAGGAAUUGUUCAAUAAUGUUUUACAACAUUGCAGCCCUAUGCAUCACCUUGGGGUCACGCCAAACGCCUUCUGUAGCCUUGCGUUAUAAAAGCCAGUCCGAAAGAUGCAAUGUGACACUCAACAAGGUGAAGUCUCAAACUGGAAAUACGAAAAUACCACAAAAAAAAAGGAGAAUCGGGAGAACACAAGAAACGUUUCAGCAUUGAUUUUAUUCAUCGUAAUAUAAGAACCAAACCAAACAAGAUGCUCAUUCGACGGAUGAUGGCAACGUGCCUGAUUCUAACAGGUUUGAGGACAACCACAGCAUGGGAACCAACAUCGAGCACAACGGCAACACCUGAUCCGCCAACAACUCAGGGGAUAAUGACAACACCGACAGAACAAACGACUGCUGUCAUAAACACAGAAUCUCCAACAACAGUGACGACACCUGCAGAAUCAACUACAGUUGCCAUAACAACAGAUCCUACCACAACAACAAUCACGACACCUGCAGAAACAACUGCUGCUGCAACAAUAACGACAGAAACAGCAACAGUUGCCACAACAGCAGCAGUGACGAUACCUGCCGAAACAACAGUUGCCACAAUAAUAGACUUUACGACAACGGCAGACACAACACUUGCAGAUACAACAACAGCAGCCACAACAAUAGAUUCUACCACAAUGGCAUCCACCACACUUGCGGAAACAACAACAGUUGAAACAACAGCAGCAGAAACAACAACAGACUUUACCACAAUGGCCUCCACGACACCUGCAGAAACAACAACUGCUGCUGCAACAACAACUACAGAAACCACAGUUGCCACAAAUGGAGCAGAGAUGACACCUGCUGUAACAACAGUUGCCACAACAACAGUCACAACAGCAGAGACGUCACCUGCAGAAACAACAACUGCUGCUGCAACAAUAGCAGCAGAAACAACAAUAGAUUCUACCACAAUGGCAUCCACCACAAUAGCGGAAACAACAACUGUUGAAACAACAGCAGCAGAAACAACAACAAUAGGAACAACAGCAGCAGCAACGACACCUGCCGAAAUGACAACAGCUGCUGCAACCACAACUGCAGAAACAACAACCGCUGAAACAACAACAGCAGAAACAACAACAGACUUCACCACAAUGGCCUCCACGACACCUGCAGAAACAACAACCGCUGCUACAACAACUGCGGAAACAACAACAGCAGAAACAACAGCUGUAGAAACAACGACAGCAGAAACAACAGUUACCACAACAACAGACUUUACCACAAGGGCAGACAUGACACCUGCAGAAACAACAGCUGCCACAACAACAGUGACGACACCUGAUGAAACAACAACAGUUGCCACAAACGCAGCAGAGACAACACCUGCAGACACAACAUCUGCUGCAACACCCUCUGAAACAACAACAGCAGAAACAACAGGUGCCACAAUAGACUAUACCACAACGGUAGACAUGACACUUGCAGAAACAACAACAGCUCCUGCAACAACAACUGCAGAAACAACAACAGUUGCCAAAACAGACCGUAUCACACCAGAAGACACAACACCUGCAGAAACAACAACUGCUUCUGCAACAACAGCAGCAGAAACAACAAUAGCUGAAACAACAACAGUUUCCACGAUACCUGCAGAAACAACAGCUACUGCAACAACUGCAGACAUAACAACUGCUGAAACAACAACAGCAGAAACAACAGUUGCCACAAAUGCAGCAGACACAACAACCACUGAAACAACAUCUGCUGAAACAACAGUUGCCACAACAACAGACUUUACCACAAUGGCAGACACAACGACUGCAGAAACAACAACUUCAGAAACAACAACAGAAGGAACAACUACUGAAACAAAAACCACUGAAUUAACAUCUGCUGAAACAACAACAGCUGACACAACGACAGACAUUGCCACAACGGCAGACACAACAACUGCGGAAACAACAACAGCAGAUACAACAGCUGUAGAAACAACGACAGCAGAAACAACAGUUGCCACAACAGACUAUACCAUAACAGUAGACACAACACUUGCAGAAACAACUAUAGCUGCUGCAACAACAACUGCAGAAACAACAAUCGCUGAAACAACAACUGUAGAAACAACGACAGCAGAAACAACAGUUGCCACAACAGACUAUACCAUAACGGUAGACACAACACUUGCAGAAACAACAAUAGCUGCUGCAACAACAACUGCAGAAACAAAAAUCACUGAAACAACAGCAGCAGAAACAACAGUUGCCACAACAACAGACUUUACCACAACGGUAGACAUGACACUUGCAGAAACAACAACAGCUGCUGUAACAACAACUACAGAAACAACAACCGCUGAAACAACAGCAGCAGAAACAACAACAGUUGCCAAAACAGACCGUACCACACUAGAAGACACAACACCUGCAGAAACAACAACUGCUUCUGCAACAACAGCAGCAGAAACAACAAUAGCUGAAACAACAACAGUUUCCACGAUACCUGCAGAAACAACAGCUACUGCAACAACUGCAGAAAUAACAACUGCUGAAACAACAACAGCAGAAACAACAGUUGCCACAAAUGCCGCAGACACAACAACUGCAGAAACAACAACCACUGAAACAACAUCUGCUGAAACAACAGUUGCCACAACAACAGACUUUACCACAAUGGCAGACACAACGACUGCAGAAACAACAACCGCAGAAACGACAACAGAAGGAACAACUACUGAAACAAAAACCACUGAAAUAACAUCUGCUGAAACAACAACAGCUGACACAACGACAGACAUUACCACAACGGCAGACACAACAACUGCGGAAACAACAGCAGAAGAAACAACAACCGCUGAAACAACAACAGUUGCCGCAACAACAGAUUUUACCACCACAGCAGACAUUACAGCUGCAGAAACAACAGCAGUAGAAACAACAGCAGCAGAAACAACAACAGUUGCUACAGCAGCAGCAGUGACGACGCCUGUUGAAACAACAGCUGCCACAACGAUAGAUUCUACCACAAUGGCAUCCAUGACACUUGCGGAAACAACAACCGUUGAAACAACAGCAGCAGAAACAACAACAGUUGCCACAACAACAGACUUCACCACAAUGGCAGUCACGACACUUGCAGAAAUAACAACCGCUGCCACAACAAUAGAUUCCACCACAAUGGUAUCUACGACACCUGCAGAAACAACAACUGCCGCUGUAACAACUACACCAACAACAGUUGCCACAAAUGCAGCAGAGACAACCCUGCAGAAACAACAACCACUGACACAACAACUGGAGAAACAACACCAGCUGCCACAACAACAGUGACGACACCAGAUGAAACAUCAACAGUUGCCACAACAAUAGAUUCAAUUACAAUGGGAUCUAUGACACCUCCAGAAACAACAACCACUGAAACAACAACCAAAACAACAUUUGCCACAACAAUAGAUUCUACCACAAUGGCAUCCACAACACCUGCGGAAACAACAACCGUUGAAACAACAACACUUGCUAUUACAGACCUUACCACAAUGGCAGACACGACACCUGCAGAAACAACAACAGCUGCUGCAACAACUGCAAAAACAACAGUUGCCACAAACUCCGCACACACAACUGCAGAAACAACAACCACUGAAACAACAGCUGGUGAAACAACAACAGUUGCCACAACGGCAGACACAAUGACUGCAGAAACAACAACCGCUGAAACAACAGCAGCAGAAACAACAACAGCAGAGACAACAGUUGCCACAACACACCUUACCACCAUGGCAGACACGACACCUGCAGAAACAACAGUUACCACAAACACAGCAGAGACAACGCCUGCUGAAACAACAGCAGUUGCCACAACAACAGACUUUACCACAACCGCUGAAACAACAGCAGCAGAGACAACAGUUGUCACAACAACAGCAAUAAUGACACCCGCAACAACUGUUACCACAAACGCAGCAGAGACAACACCUGCUGAAACAACAACAGUUGCCACAACAACAGACUUUACCACAACAACAGACAUGACAUCUGCAGAAACUACAACUGCAGAAACAACAGUUGUCACAAAAGCAGCAGAGACAACACCUGCUGAAACAACAAGAGUUGCAACAACAACUGACUUUACCACAACAGCAGACACAACACCUGCAGAA